AUGCACCAUAAGAUGCUGGACAACCAGUGUUUUAUGAUGUUUUUGUUGCUAGUGUUUUGCCAAUUUUUGUGUUUUGUGUCGGCUGAUGAUGGGGCGACGCAAGCCGCUUUAAGACGACUGCGGGAGGCGGUGACUCAACACGAUGUAGAGGAAGUGAAGCGUGUGAUUCGUGACAAGUCGCUUCAGCCGUCGGUGGCACUUCGUACUCCACCGCCCCUGUACUGGGUGGCCAAUGAAAGAACCGACUCGGAGAACCUCGCUCGCAUCACGCAGAUACUCCUGGACCAUUUUGGCGAGAGCAAUUACGACUACGACAUGUACCACCCACUAACACGCGCGGCUCACCACCAUCUCGGAGGCGUAAUGGCCACCCUGCUCAAUUGGCCGGACACCAUCAGGGAGGUUCACGCGAAGUAUCUCUGGUGCGAAGAUCUGGCGUCACUGCCCGAGUCCGUACGGGUUGUUAUCACGCCUGAGAGCCCAAAAUGCUUUCGGGAUUUUGUUCGUGUGGUGGAAUUUGAAAGGAGUGAGUUGACGGCAGCGGCUAGGCGUCAUCAGCGAGGUGCAGAAAAUGUCGCCGUCGAGGAUUUUGAAUGGUCAGACCCCUUCUUGAGCCCGCCACCAGGGAAGAAACCCUCAAUGAAGCAUUUUGUCAUGAAUCCACGAGCUUUUGCGGAUUUUGCGGAGGCGAUUACAUACUAUUUUUUGGGAGAGUGGGCUCCUCUAUUUACCUUCAUUUACAGUGCAAUUGUUCUUACAUUUGGAUGCAUGGCAUGCGGUGUUUAUUUUGUGGCGUCGCGGCGAGGACGAUGA